CCGUCAGUCACCGCGGACAGGUACCCCGGUGAUUUUUUUUUUUCGCGAGUGAGUUCGGUUUCAGCAAUUUCGAAGUUCGCCACUUUUUCAACUGCCUGCCAGUGCCAUGUACGUCGGAACCAGCGGCAUAAUUGGCACUCUGGUGGCGGUGGUCCUUUUGGCACCCCAGGAUAGCUGCGUGGUGGCCACCCUUGUGCCACGUCCCCAACCGCCGGCGUACUCGUACGACGGGUUUGGGGCGGGAUUCAACGGUGGCGGAGCGGUUGGAGGGGGGUCCAGCCAGGGAUACCUGGGGCUGGGAUCGGUUGGAGGUGGCGGACAACCCGCGAUAGUGUUCCCCGGACCGAACGAUAAAACCAGUGCCUUUUUUGGAUUGCUGAAGCUGCCAUACAUCCUCUGCUACUUUGCGGCCCGCGGCGAGUGGCCCCAGUACCCGCCGCACCUGCAGGGCGCCGUCCUCGAUCUGGGCCGGCACGUGUUCGCCAUGAACGACUACGGGCUGCGGAACUACUGCAGCAAGCACUACCCGGUCAACCUGUGCCACCGGCCGUGCUGCUCGUACCCAGUAUUUCCAGUCUUGAUCCGACCCGACACCGCAUACGGCUUCGCGGAUAUGCCGGCCUAUCCAAACCGCAAGGUUUCGAAACGUCCGCCGGGAAAGAAGCCGAGUAAUGACGACGUGGAAGUUCUCGAGGACGCUCCACCAGCCGAGGGGGAAGAGGAGGAAGCCCCUGCCGACGAGGGUGCCGAGGGGGAAGGCGAGGAGGAGGCGAACUCGGAACGGCUGAAAAUGCCCCGCAAAUCGGCCAUCAACGGGUUGGAGGACAGGAUUUCCUUCGUGCCGCUGCGGACCACCAAGGCCCGGAAGCUGGACGACGCUGGCCGUGCUGCCGGGGUCAGUGGCAAGAUUCAGCUGCCCGGCAGUGUUGCCAGUGGGGUGCCGAAGUGAAGUUUUGAAUUUGGUUGACAAGAGUUCAAAUUUAAUUGUCGCGAUAUUGAAAUAUUGAAAACUGCACUGACAAUAUGUACCUAGAACACACUCUACUUUAAAAACUAUUAGUUAAUAAAAGUUUGUUUUAUUCCUCACAGUCA